GGAGGCGGCUGGAGAGUCCGGAGUCGGGCUUGGCGGCGUCGCUGUGGCUCGUCUCGUGCUCCUCGCUCGCGCGCCCUCUCUCUCUCUCUCUCCCUGGCGCCCGUUAUAGGAGCUGCGUAGUCGGCCGGCCGCGCGCGAGGCCGCGCUGAGGGGAGGCAACAGGGAGCGCAUUCUUUCGCUGAGGGGAGGACAAGAAGGCCGGCGGAGGGCGGGAAAGGCUGAAGGAAGGAGUCGGAAGUUUGGCCUGAGGCGCCGCCGCUGAGGGAAACUUUUCUCGAGCUGAGGGAAGGCCCGCCUCGCCUCCUCGCGGGACUGGCUUCGUCGUCUUGGUCGGGGGCGCGGAGGAGGAGGAGGCGGCGGCCCUCGUCGGCGUCCCUCCUGAGAAUGGUCCCCGCGGGGCCGACGAGGCCCUCCUCGUCGUGGUCUCCUCCGCCGCGCCGCCUUCCGCCGCUCUUGCUGGUGGUGCCGGCGCUGGUGCUGGCGCUGGCGGGGCGCGGGGCGCGGGCGUUCGUCUGCCUGCCCUGCGAUGAGUCCCGCUGCGAGGAGCCGAGGAACUGCCCCGGCGGCGUGGUGCUCGACGUCUGCGGCUGCUGCUUCCUUUGCGCCCGGCAGCGCAACGAGAGCUGCGGAGGCUUCUUCGGGCUCCACGGCGCCUGCGACCGCGGGCUGCGCUGCGUGAUCCGCCCGCCGCUCCACGGGGACUCGCUCACGGAGUACGAGGCGGGCGUCUGCGAAGAUGAAAACUGGGAUGAUCAGCUUCUUGGAUUUGAGCCUUGCAAUGAAAACCUCAUAACAGGCUGCAAUAUAAUCAAUGGAAAAUGCGAAUGUGAUACUAUUAGGACCUGUAGUAAUCCCUUUGAGUUUCCAAGCCGGGAUACUUGCCUGACAGCUUUAAAAAGGAUUGAAGAAGAAAAGCCUGACUGCUCCAAAGCCCGUUGUGAAGUACAGUUUUCUCCUCGCUGUCCAGAAGAUUCUGUUUUGAUUGAAGGGUAUGCUCCACCUGGUGAAUGCUGCCCUCUACCUAGCCGCUGCGUGUGUAACCCUGCCGGGUGUUUGAGGAAAGUUUGCCAACCAGGAUAUUUGAAUAUAUUGGUUUCUAAAGCAUCAGGCAAACCAGGGGAAUGCUGUGACUUCUAUGAAUGUAAACCAGUGUUCAGCGUAGACUGUAGUACAGUGGAAUGCCCUCCUGUCCAACAAGUUGCUUGUCCUUUGGAUAGCUAUGAGACGCAAGUCAGGCUGACAGCUGAUGGAUGUUGUACUCUUCCUGCAAGGUGCGAAUGUCUCUCUGGUUUAUGUGGUGUUCCAAAAUGUGAGGCAGGCUACAUCCCUCAAAUAGUGUCACGUGGAGACGGAACACCUGGCAAGUGCUGUGAUGUUUUUGAAUGUGUCAAUGAAGCGAAACCAGCAUGUAUAUUUAAUAGUGUGGAAUAUUACGAUGGAGAUAUGUUUAGAAUGGAUGCUUGUCGAUUUUGUCGAUGCCAAGGAGGUGUAUCAAUUUGUUUCUCAGCACAAUGUGGUGAGCUUCAUUGUGACAGAUAUUAUGUACCAGAAGGAGAAUGCUGUCCAGUAUGUGAAGAUUCCAUUUCUCCUGUUAGUAAUCCUGCUGGCUGCUAUGCAAAUAGUCAGAUUCAAGCACAUGGUGACCGCUGGAGAGAAGAUGAUUGUACUUUCUGUCAGUGUAUCAAUGGGGAAUCUCAUUGUGUUGCAACAGCUUGUGGACAGAGUUGCUUGAAUCCGGUUAAAGUGCCUGGAGAGUGCUGCCCUAUGUGUGAAGAGCCAACAUACAUCACAAUAGGUCCACCCACAUGUUAUCCUCUAAUGAACUGCACAUUAACUGAGAUGGAUUGUGUUUACGAUUUCAGAGUAGACCAAAAUGGUUGUCGCAUCUGCCAGUGCAAAAGUAGAGAGGAACUGUGUAAUGAUCUCAUGUCAGAUUGUUCUUUGGAUUGUGCCUUCGGUUUCCAGACUGAUGCCCACAAUUGUAAGAUCUGCCAGUGCCGCCCACGACCGAAGAAAUGCAAAUCAGUAGCAUGCGACAAGGACUGUCCAUAUGGAUAUUUGAAGAACAAGCAUGGAUGUGAAAUCUGUCGCUGUAAGAAAUGCCCAGAACUUUCAUGUGGUAAAACCUGUCCAAUGGGAUUCCAGAAAGAUGAUCAAGGAUGUCUUAUCUGCAGAUGUAUAGAGUUACCAGCCUCUAUAAUUCCACCAGCUAAAGCAGGUUCUUGCUUGUCUGUGGAUGGGCACCGUCAUGAAAAUGAGGAAAGUUGGCAUGAUGGUUGCCGUGAGUGUUACUGUCUUAAUGGCCGGGAGAUGUGUGCUUUGAUCACCUGCUCCGUACCAAACUGUGGGAAUCCUACCAUACAUCCAGGACAAUGUUGUCCAUCAUGUCCAGAUGAAUCCAUUGUGGAGAAGCCAGAACUCAGUGGUCCUACCAUCUGCUAUGUUCCAGGAGGAGAUUAUUUUGUGGAAGGAGAUACAUGGAACAUUGAUUCUUGUACACAAUGUACAUGUCACAAUGCACGGGUUUUGUGUGAGACAGAAGUCUGCCCACCUCUUCUGUGUCGAAAUCCCACCCGUACUCAGGACUCAUGCUGUCCACAAUGUCCAGAGGAGCCUGCUCAGCCUUCCCUGUCAAGCAAUGAAAGUACACCCAAUUACUGCAAAAAUGAUGAUGGUGAUAUCUUCCUUACUGCUGAGUCCUGGAAACCCAAUGUUUGUACCAGUUGUAUUUGCCUGAAUGGAGGAAUCAGCUGCUACUCUGAGUCUUGUCCUCCAGUCUCCUGUGAGAGACCUGUUUUGAGAAAGGGACAAUGUUGUCCUUAUUGUAUAGAAGACACAGCAUCAAAGAAAGCAGUGUGCCACUUCAAUGGAAAAACAUAUGCUGAUGAGGAACGCUGGGAUAUUGAUAGCUGCACACAUUGCUAUUGUCUGCAGGGCCAGACCCUUUGCUCCACAGUUAGUUGUCCUGCACUUCCUUGUGUAGAACCUAUUAAUGUGGAAGGCAGCUGCUGUCCCAUGUGCCCAGAAAUGUAUAUACCUGAACCUACCAACAUUCCAAUUGAGAAGACAAAUUAUAGAAGAGAAAAUGAACUAGAAGCACCAGUGUGGCCAACACCCAGUGAAAAUGAUAUUGUUCAUAUCCAUAGAGAUAUGGGUCACCUUCAAGGGGAUUACAGAGAAACCAGAGGAUCACAACCUAGUACAGAGGCAUCUCUUAGUUCUCUUGCCUGGGUGACAGUGCCCAUCAUGACAGCGCUCGUUCUCAUAAUAGCACUUCUACUUGUCAAUCAGAAAAAGCAGUGGAUACCAGUAUCCUGUUACAGAGCUCCAACAAAACCUUCCUGCCUGAACAACCAGCUGGUUUAUGUGGACUGUAAGAAGGGUACUAUGGUUCAAGUGGACAGUUCUCAGAGAAUGCUUAGAAUUGCUGACCCAGACUCAAGAUACAGUGGAUUCUACAGCAUGCAGAAACAGAACAACUUACAAGCAGAUAAUUUCUAUCAGACAGUGUGAGAAGUUGCACCCUUCCUACGAAAUUAAGAAGAAACAAAGACUGAGUCUGCUAUUUAAAAAAAAAACCUAGAAUUGUGCACUUGCUUAGUGGAUUGUAUUGGAUUUGUGACUUCAUGUACAGCUAGCUCUAAGACCUUCCUGGGAUGAGCUCUGACUCCUUCAGAACAGGCAUUCCCACUUCACCUUGUGAUAACUGACCAAGUUUUUUCUUGGAACCAAAGUUCUAAAAUUUCAGAUGUUGUGCUUGUAACUAUAAUAGAGAUUGUUUGAGAUGGGGAAGCUGGAGUUGAGCUUGGAUGGCUAUAGCAGGAAGCCUCAAAGAAGAAAAGCUGAUGAGCUUAUUUUGGAGUCAAAGAAUUUAAAGAAUAUAGCUUUUUCCUGACACUCCAAAAUUUCAUUUGUUGCAGUGAAGUAUAAGCAUAACCCUAUCUGAAGUUAAUAAGAAAGUUUGGGGUUUUUUUUGACUGUGCUACAAAAAUAUAUCCAUAGAAAGUACCUGUUUCAUCAAAGGUGCACUAAAACUGCAACCAUGUUUUUCUACCUGAUCAGAAGCUGAAAUAGCUUAUAACAUAAUAAGGAAAACAUUAAAGCAGAAAUACAUAGGGCAAAUUUAUUGAAGAUGUGUACAAUUAUACCUUGUGCUGCUUUUUGUUUUUCCUUUUGAUGCUGAUUGUCCAACUUACGGCAGUUAGCAAAUGGCUAAUGCCUGUAUAAUUCCUGAUUUGAGCACUGGAUCUUUUGAAAACAGUAUUGGAGAGAGAGAGAAAGGAAGGAGAAGUUCAAUACCAUCUGAUUAUAGAAUUUGUGUGUGUGUGUGUGUGUGUGUGUGUGUGUUUUCUUUUUAUCAUUGUUUAUACAUUUCAGGUGGUUUAGGCUCCAAGUUGUCAUUGGAGAAAAAAGAUUUUGUUGGAUGAAGAUCUUGCUCAGAUUUUUUAAAAAUCAAGUUAAGGGCCGGGGGGGGGGGGGGGGGUUCUGGUUGUUAACUGAUUAUGCAGACUAGAAGCAAUUUCCAUGCUAGGAAGUUGCUUAAUUUUAAUUGUAUGUUACUCAUGCACCUUUUUGGAAGCUCAGAAAGAAAGGAGAUCAUGCUUCUUUAAAAUUUUAGCUUUAUAGAAGUAUUUAUGUAAAUAUAGUUAUGCUUACAACAAAGCAUUUGUAUGUCUUUGUGUGUAUAUAUGUGUGUGUAUGUUUAUGUAUAUAUAUGUAUAUAUGUAUGUGUAUAUAUACAUAUACACAUAUAAACACACACUAUAUGUGUAUAUAUAUGUAUAUAUACAGUAUAUAUAUGGUAUUUAUAUAUACAGUAUAUAUCAGUAUAAUUUUGUAUUUUUUUUCCCUGUUGAAUGUAUUUUGAACUGAGAAUUUCCCAGAACAGUAACACAGGCAUUCCAUAUUAUUGCUUCUUCAUUUGUGCUUAGAGAAGACAAGAUGAGAGUAUCUCAUUCUACCUAGUUUUAUUUGAUUUGGAGGUGUGGGUAUGCAAGUGUGUGUCUGUGUGUGUGUGUGCGUGUGACCUUAUGUUUGCAUAUGUGUACCAUAUGUGCACAAUUUUAGCAGUAAGCAUUAUGCUUGCUACUUGCUACAUUUCAGGGUUUGGUUUUGUUUUCUUUUUCUUUUCCUGCACAGCCUUAAAAAGGCCAUUACUUCAAUGCUUUGGCUAGGUACACUGAUAACAUAUACAGGCAGCACGAAUCAGUUUGGCAGAAUAAUAGCAUCCGCACUUCGAUAUUUUUGAAAACAGUUGUUUGAAACAACUACUGGAAUCCACAACUAGCUGGAGGUUUGUUGCAACUUGAUUCAUUACUUUUAACUGUAUCAUACAACAUUAAUUUUUUCCAAACCGGUCUUGGCACUUUUAUACUAAUUUCCCAUUUGUGUGUUGCCUCUUUCUUUUACAAUUGCUUGUCAUAAGACACAGAUACCCAGUAUGCUUAAUGUGAAAAGAAAAUGUAUUUUUUGUAAAGGAACUCUCAAGUAUUGUUGUAAAUACUUGGUCAGAGGUUACUGAACUUUAAAACUGAAAAACCUAAUUUAUUAUAUGACCUAAUUUAUUAAUCCGAAGAUUAACAAAUACCUUGUUUUUGAAUAUCAAAAAGUGUUCUCACUGUUCGCAUCAAAGAGAAAGAUAGGUGUAUCAUAAAGGUUCAACAUUUUUUUCUGUUAUGAAUUCAGGUUCCAAAAAACAAAACAUAAAAAGGAAAAAUGUAUUCCCCUUGCAGCAUUUUAUGCUAAGUAUAAAAACACUGAAACAAAUAUUAAUAUCCAGUUGUUACCCAGAUUCUGUCAAGAUAGAGCAUCCAUUCCUUUCAUAAGAGUAAGCAGUCUUUAUCCAGAAAUUGUAAACGCUUGCUUUUAUUUUACAAACAAGGCCAUAUUCUGAAAACUAUUAGCAGGAUAUAGGACAUGGUGUAAAAUGUUAUUAUUUUAUUAUUAUUUUAUUAUUAUUUUGGAGAUAUUAUUUAUCCUAUGUGCUGUAUCCAUUACACUCUUUUACUUUGAUUCCUGUUGUGCUCUUGUAAGAGAAAUGCAGAUAUAAUUUUCUGGGGAAAAAAAUAGAUGCAUACAUGGCACUUGGAGUGCACUGCAAUUCAGCAGAUUGCUUGUUUACUUUUUAAAAUGUAAAACGGUUUCUUGUAAUUUGGCUCUUGGCAGCACAAUAAAAAUUAACUUGAUGAACUUUU